UUCUCUCUGUCUCUCUCAUAAUAACGUCCCGUCCGGCCGCUUGUUGUCAGAUUCCGGCUACCUUUCUCUUCCCAUUUAUAUAUACCCCACCUUCUCCUCUCUCCCCAUUUACUCUUCACAUUAUUUUCUCACCUUUUUCCUCCUUUUGGUUGGACUCGAAACCUUCAGAAACUGAAACUUCUAAAUCCCCAAUAUCAUUUCUACACUCGUACGCAGCCAUCCACUUGUAUCUAUGCAUGCCCACUUCUGCAACUGUGGCUGUACUUCGUCUACGGACUCGUGUCGCUCAAAAGUGAAUCGCAGCUGAUCUUUCUCAGUUUCUGUUCUUUUUCUUGGGUUUCUGUUUCUUUCUCUCUUGCUUUCUCGAUCUUGUGCUUAUUCGGGACGAUGAAUAGAGCAUUGUUGCCGGAGAUGUUGAACACCAGCAUGACUGUGCUUGAGAGACAAAGGGCUCGCUUUAAAUGGCAACAAGAACAGCAGCAGCAGCAGCUGCAGCAACAGCAAGAGAGUUUUUUUGGUGAUUUGAGCAGGGUAUUUCAUUUGCAGCAAAAUCAGCUUCAGGGGUUUCAGGGUGAUCUAGGUGAGGUCGUAACUCGGUCUGUGAAGCCUGACCCUGCUUUCGUGGAUAAUGGUUGGCCUGAUUUGGUGGGGUUUGAACCUUGUGGAUAUGGCAAUAAUAAUAACAAUGGGUCCGGUUUUGGUGUCAAUUAUGCUAUCUCUAGGACUUCUAGCUGCCCGCCUGCUGUGGCGGAGGCUACAUUGGAUGCUGCUGUUCUGGCCAAAGGAACAGAGCCUGUUGUAUCAGAGAAUUUGAGUUCUGGAAUUGGCAGAGAGAGUUUGAUGAAGAAGAGAAAAGUUGAUAAAUUACAGAGCAACCCUAAGGUUGUUGCAGAAGAUGGCAGUAGGGACAAAAAGAUCAAAGGAUGUGCAGAGGAUGGAGAGUCAAAGAUCAAAGAGAAAAAUAACAACAAAAGCGGUACCACCAGCAAAAACAGUAACAAAGAAAAUUCAGCAGAGACUUCAAAGGACAAUUCUAAAGUAACUGAGGUUCAGAAGCCAGAGUACAUUCAUGUCCGGGCACGCAGGGGCCAAGCCACUGACAGCCAUAGCUUAGCUGAAAGAGUAAGGAGGGAAAAAAUCAGUGAGAGAAUGAAGUAUCUGCAAGAUUUGGUGCCAGGAUGCAACAAAAUCACAGGAAAAGCAGGCAUGCUUGAUGAAAUCAUUAACUAUGUUCAAUCUCUUCAACGACAAGUAGAGUUCUUGUCGAUGAAACUGGCUGCUGUCAAUCCAAGGCUUGACUUUAACAUUGACAACUUAUUUUCCAAAGAGGCAUUUCCAGCUUGUGCAACCAAUUUUCCAGCAAUUGGGGUGUCUUCUGAUAUGACUAAUCCUGCCUACCUUCAGCUUAAUCUAAUGCAGCAGCAGCAGCAGCAGCAACAGCAACAGCUAGUGACAUGCUGUGGAUUGGAGAUGGGGAUAAAUCCUCCUGAUAUGGGACUCAGAAGAACUAUCAGCGCUCCUAUAUCAAUCCCUGAAAUAUUUAUUGAAUCUUCUUGCUUCACUCAAAUCCAGCCCUCAUCAACUUGGGAUGCUGAACUGCAAAAUCUUUACAAUGUAGCAUUUGAUCAAGGAAGAACGACAUCCUUCCCAACUCAGCCAUUUACAGGCACCAUUGAAGCUAGCAAUCUGAAGAUGGAGAUGUGAAUUGGAAUAUGGAUUUUAUACUAUUCUUGGAAGAGAGAUUAUUCUAAAUGCCUUUGAUAUUCUGAUUCUUUUUCUUCUCUAAGUACAUAAGGUAUAUAUUUUGUAUGUAUACUUGUAAGGACAUAGUAUGAAUAAAAUCAUAGCUAUUAACACCAAA